CUCGCUCUCGUAUCAUGUCUAUAGCAGUGACUAAUUGCUACUUAUCUGCCAUCUCCUCUACCGUCAAGUUUCGCUGCUCUGCUUCUUCUUCACGCCGUCUUCUCGCCACCAACUCAUCCCUUGCCUGCCUCCAAAGCUUUCAACCAUAACAUAAAGCACUCAAAGCGCGGUUCUCCCGAUGACAGAACCAAUAAUAAGGAUAGAGAGGCCGUUUAUCAGAAGAAAUCUGCUGGUAGAGCAAAAGACGAGAGGUCUUCUCCUUUCCAUGCCGAUGCCAAAAGUGGCAAUGCUAAGCCAUUUGGAGCACAGAGAAAAGAUAACAAGAGCUUUCAAUUUGAUUUGAAGGAACAACCGGUCGGAGCUGGGAACCUUCAGGGUGCAGCUUUCCUAAAUGCGGUAGUCAAGGUUAGAUAAUACCCCGCCGGUGCUGUCUUUUCUUUUUAUCACAAAUCACAGAACAAAGGCAAUUUACAAGUACUGGGAGUGCUUUUAUGAUAGGGAACGGGAAACUUCUAACAAAUGCACACUGUGUCGAAUAUCAAACACAAGUCAAAGUGAAGAGAAGGGGAGAUGACACGAAGUAUGUGGCCAAGGUGUUGGCCAGGGGUGUUGAUUGUGAUAUUGCUUUGCUCGCUGUUGAAAGUGAGCAAUUUUGGGAGGGGGCUGAACCAUUACAGUUGGGUCACUUGCCCCAUCUACAGGAAACAGUAACUGUAGUAGGAUAUCCACUUGGAGGCGAUACUAUUUCAGUUACAAAGGGAGUUGUAUCACGGAUAGAGGUUACUUCGUAUGCACAUGGAUCAUCUGAUUUACUUGGCAUUCAAAUUGAUGCAGCCAUAAAUCCUGGUAAUAGUGGUGGUCCAGCAUUCAAUGACCGUGGGGAGUGCAUUGGUGUGGCGUUCCAGGUUUACAGAUCUGAAGAGGCUGAAAAUAUUGGAUAUGUCAUUCCAACAACUGUGGUCACUCACUUCUUGAGUGACUAUGAGAGGAAUCAGAAAUACACUGGCUUUCCUUCGCUUGGUGUAUUACUGCAAAAGUUGGAGAACCCAGCACUAAGGGAGUGUUUGAAAGUUCCAUGUAGUCAGGGUGUGCUUGUACGGAGAGUUGAACCAACAUCUGAUGCAAAUAGAGUGUUAAAAGAGGGUGAUGUGAUUGUGAGCUUUGAUAACGUUAAAGUAGGGUGUGAAGGAACUGUGCCGUUCCGAUCAAAUGAGUGCAUUGCAUUCCGUUUCCUUAUUAGUCAAAAAUUUGCAAGUGAUGUAGCAGAGCUUGGUAUUAUCAGAAAUGGUAAAUCCAUGCAAGUUCAAGUGGUCCUAAAUCCAAGAGUUCAUUUGGUGCCUUAUCAUGUAGAUGGCGGCCAGCCUUCUUACUUGAUAACCGCUGGUUUAGUGUUUACUCCUCUCUCAGAACCACUAAUAGAGUAUGUGUUCCUUCCUGUUGUAAAGUUGAAGCUUUUAACAAAGGCGGGUUACUCGUCGGCGAAGUUUAAAGGAGAACAAAUUGUGAUCCUAUCUCAGGUGUUAGCAAAUGAAGUCAACAUUGGAUACGAGGAUAUGGGCAAUCAACAGGUUUUGAAAUUCAACGGUACCAGUAUAAGAAACAUACACCAUCUAGCCCACCUAAUUGAUUCAUGCACAGGCAAGUACAUGGUUUUCGAGUUCGAAGACAAUUACUUGGUUGUGUUGGAGAUGGAAGCAGCUGUGGGCUCUUCAUCACAAGUUCUCCAAGAUUAUGGGAUACCAUGUGAAAGAUCUCAAGAUCUGUUACAGCCAUAUGUGGAGUGCAAUGUUGAAGAGGGUCAAUCCAUUGUGGAUGGGGAUUUUGGAGAUAGUCCAGUUUCCAAUCUGGAAAUUGGGGUCGACGGCAUCCUCUGGGCAUGAUGUGCUCACGAGGUGUAUCACAAGCACAGCAGGUUAAUUAUCUGUUGAGAUUUAUUAUUACCCUUUU